AGCCAGGAACCGGAAGUGACGCGUUUCGUGGCAGCCGGCUGGUGGUGCGGCUCCUCACGCGGCGGGCAUGCAGCCGGGCGGCGAGCUGGGCUCCGCCGUGAGCCCGUUCGGCUGGUUCCCGCCGCCGCUCCGCCCGCCCCUCUUUUGCCCGCCGCCCCCCUGGGAGCAUGGCUUCUGGCCGCCGCCAGACGGCUACGGUCCGCUGCCGGCAUGGUACCCCCCGGCAUACCAGGAGCCCCCGCGGCGGCCGCACGGUGGUGGAAAUGGCCAUUUUUCCCACGAAUGGCAAGGAGAGCAAGCACCCGGGUUUCAUAAGCGUUCUCCAGGUGGAAACAACAGGCAGAAGAACAAAAAGAAGAAGGAGCCAGUUUUCUCUCACUAUUGUGAUACCUGUGACCGAGGCUAUAAAAACCAGGAGAAGUAUGAUGAACAUAUUUCACAACAUACACAGUGUACAGAAGAAGGAUGCAAUUUCAAUGCACAUGAGAAGUUAGUUCAGAUACACUGGAAGAACGUGCAUGGACCUGGUGCUAAAAGAAUAAAAUUAGAUAGUCCAGAAGAGAUUGCUAGAUGGAGAGAAGAAAGAAAAAAGAAUUUUCCUACAUUAGCGAACAUUGAAAAGAAGAAAGUUAUGCAAAUGGAGAAGGAAGAAAGAGGAGAAGUCCUCACCACCCCGCAGUUUGGCAAAAUGAAGGGAAUGUGGAAAGCUACGGAAGAUGAGAGGUCUGGGCAGCAAGGAAGACAGAAGAGAAAACAAAAGCGUCAGUUCUGGAAGAAAUUUAAGAAAAGUGGUGGUGAUAAUAAUGUACCAUCACAAAGAAAUCAAAAUGAAGCUAAUGGACCAGGAAACAGUACAUGUGAAAAAGAACAUGAAAAACAGCCUGCUUUGGAGACUCAGCCAUGCAUGAAGGACGUGGACCCGCUCAGUCUUCUGGCAAACAGUGAUGAUGAGUCUGACAAGGAUGAAGCAGAAGCUGAAGAUGCGAAGCUAGGGAUGACUGUUGUUCCCAAGCAGGUCACCUCAGCCUUGAGUUCAUUGUCAGCCAAUUAUGGCAGUGCCUCUGAGAGUGAGCCUGAAGAAGUCUCUGUCAAGAUUGCAACAAAAGCUGAGGAAAACCAGGCAGCGCUCAGAAAUACACCUCAAAGUGCUGAUGUUCCUCAGAAUCCAAAGCUGAAUCAGGAGCUUCCAGAAUCUACAGGCACAACGCUAAGAAGCUCAAAUUCAAAUGCAGGUCCUCCUAGAGUCCCUGAUAAACGAGCGAAGAGAACAUUACCUCUCCUUCCAAAGCGUCGUCCAACUCUGCUGGAAAUGUUACUGGCCCAGGACAUCCGACAUGAAAGGAAUGUGAUUUUGCAGUGUGUUCGAUACAUUGUACGAAAUGACGUGUUUGGACUUCAUUUAAAAGCAGAAACAGAAGCUAAAACAGAGACUGGACAGGCCUCUAAAGCUACAGCAGAGACUUUGACGGACAAGCUUGAUGGUUCUCACUGUUCUCGUAGCUCUGACCUUCAGUUAGCAGGAAAAGAAAAAGAUGUGUUAUUAAUAGCCCAUGGUGAGGAAGCACCCAUAGAUCAGGUAUCACAGAUGCAUCACUCAGCAGAUGAGGAGACAUGGGAAACCCCAGCAAUUCACUGUGAAGAACAACUGUAGGAGGUGCCUGAGAACAAUAAAGAAAAGGCUCAGCUUUUCUGCCCAGCAUCCAUUUUUUUUGAAAGACAUCAUUAUAACAAAAUCAUUAAAUUAUGCAAUGGGCACAGUUAAAACCAUGUUUCUGAUCUGCUCUGCUCUGCCUGAGGUGGCUGCUUCCUUGUGAAAACAGCAUCCAUAUUGAGAAACUUUAUUUCCACCUUGGCUGAAAUAUAGCAGUGGCACAGUGUGUGAUCUUUCCUAGAAAAGCUGUGGAUUCCUGGUUUUGAGCUUCAGAGUUCUGAAUGUUUUGUCAUGGAUGGUGUCAGUCCAUUGCCAGAGUCAAGUAGUGCAGAAGUAUGGUGGAUCCUUCUCGUGUGAAAUCAUGGCCUAGAGUGUGUGUGAGUAUCUGAGCUUCUGGAGUUGUCUGGAUGAAUUUUUUCAGCUGUUAUUGGUCUGAAGUAUAAAUGGGAAAAAAAAAAAGGAGAAAUAACUGACCUGGCUCUAAAAGUGCUGCUUGCACUACGAGUAUCUAAUUGAACUGAGCAAAGAAAAAGAAAUAAGAGUGCAGACUGAUGCAAGAAGGAUUUUCUUAAAUGUAAAUGUCAGUAACUACUAACUGCUUGUGUCAGUGCUAGAUUGAUGCUUGACCUCAAGUACCCAUCCUUACACCCUAGACCUUAACUGUUGUCAGAGUCAUUACCUGUCAGGUUUAACUCUUGAAGCAAACUCCUGGUACUGAGAAUAUUAGAUUGAUUAGAAAGUUUGCGAAGAGAUGCUUGUUACUUCAGCAUACAUUGGGCAUUUUAAUUUGCUAUCUGGAGAAAUGUCUUCCUUGGCCUAUUGUUGGAUGUUCAUACAGUAUCUAGUGACUUUUCAUGGAUUUGUGCAUACUGAUUCUUCUGUGUGGCUAUACAUACAUGAACUGUUGUGAACACUGGAAAAAAAAAACUAUCAGCCAAGGUUUAGGAACAAGUUGUCUUGAUUACAUUGUGUAUUUGCCUGUUAGAAUCCUUGUGCAGGUGUUAGUUUGUCCCACUGACACUGAAAACAUGUCAUGAAAAUCAUCUGUUAUCAGGUCUUCCACUUCAAAAUAUUUUGCUGCGUGUCUUUUGGUCACGGUUAAAUGUCAGAGCUGAAUUACCUUCUCAGGGAUUAUGGGUUUUUCUGGUAGCAGUCUAGCCCUCCAUUCCACCUCCUAAACAGGGAGUAUCACAGGACUCUUGUUGCUGUUUAAGAAGUGAUUAUUUUCUGUCCUCUGGUUUCUUAAAUUAAAACUUGUGCUGUACA